UAGAGAGAGAAAAAAAACUUAUAAUCCCAUUAUAAGCAAAACAAAAAUAAGCAGAAAUGGUGAGAGCUCCUUGCUGUGAAAAGAUGGGACUAAAGAAAGGGCCUUGGAGUCCUGAGGAAGAUCUGAUUUUGAUCUCUUACAUUCAACAGCACGGCCAUGGAAACUGGAGGGCACUCCCCAAACAAGCUGGUCUACUGAGGUGCGGGAAAAGUUGCAGAUUACGUUGGACAAAUUAUUUGAGGCCAGACAUAAAGAGAGGAAAUUUCAGCAAAGAAGAAGAAGAAAUUAUCAUCAAGCUACAUGAAAUGAUGGGGAAUAGAUGGUCUGCUAUUGCAGCAAGAUUGCCUGGUAGAACAGACAAUGAGAUAAAAAAUGUCUGGCACACACACUUGAAGAAAAAGCUCAAAAAUAAUAAGACUUUUGAGGACUCCAACGGACACUCAAUCAUUCAAGAAUGUGAUUCUAAAGCUCCUGAAAAUCCCAAUUCCCCUAGUGAACAAAUUGUUGAUAGUCCACAGCAUUGCUCUAGUGAGAUGUCAUCAGUGACAGAUUUAUCGGAAAAAACGGUUUCUAAGCACGAAGAAAUGGACUAUUCGUCCGAGUAUUUUCCUCACAUCGAUGAGACCUUCUGGUCCGAUGAAUUAUCCACAGACGACAACACAAACGUGCAAUCAUCGAACUUCCCAGCUGCAAAAGAUGAAGUUCAGUUUGGAUUCCCUUCGUCUUCCGAGGAAAUUGAUGCCGGGAUUUCGAAAGUUGAUGAUAGCAUGGACUUUUGGUACAAUGUUUUCAUUAGGGCUGGAGACAUGCCUGAUUUACCAGAAUUUUGAGUGCUGUUUUGGAUAUAAUAUAUAUUUAGGACAGGAUUUUCAAUCAUGGGAUGCUGAUUUUCCAAAGGUGCCAAACAAUGGAAUCAUUUCAUUGACAAACUAAACAAAAAUUAAGCUUGUAGUGAGCAUUUUCUUGUGUGUUUUUGGUCACAUAAAGAAACGAAAAAAAAUAGUGGAAGUUCACAUGAAAGCUUUAAGAGGAAAAAAGGGAUUUGACUUAGAAAUUUGGUUUGUACAAUUUAGAUUUUAAGGAUUAAAAGGGUAGAAAAAUAGUAGACUAUGAGACAAAAUCCUAAUAAGUUUGCUUCUAACCCCUGUUUUUCAAGUGUAAGUUCAAUGUUUCUUGAUUAGCCUUUGUUGACAAUUGUGUAACUUUGAUGAAAAUGACGGUCUUGAUUAUGAAAAUUUGGGAUGCAA